CAGUUGAAGUUUUACUGUCGCCGGCUAACGUUCGAAAACCGGAGGAGCGCAGAUACAGAUACGGAUACUCGCCCAUUUGGCCGCCCCACGCACACUCGCACACACCGCAGCACACACACGUGCAGUUGCACUGGUGUUGGUACUUUGUUUACAGUCGCAUCGCAACAACAACAACAGCAGUGGAGUAAAAGAUAGAAAGAGGGGAUAAAACGAGGAGGAGGUGCUAAAGAAAGAGAGAUACGUGGAAAAGAGAAAUUUCGACGUUCUAAGCCGAGUUGUUGGACUUAAAUAAAUAAGCCAAGCGAACGGAUAGACUGCAACUGGCGUUAUUAUUGGCAAUUACCACACCUGCUGAGAAACCAUGGCCAGCUCGCCCAUCACAGACUUCUAUGCGGGUCGCAAUGUGUUCAUCACGGGAGCCACCGGCUUCGUGGGCGUCACCAUUGUGGAGAAACUGCUGCGGGACGUCCCCAACGUGGGCACACUGUACCUGCUGAUGCGGGCCAAGAAGGGAAAGAACGUCAAGGAGCGGCUGGAGGAGCUGAAGAAGAACUCUGUGUUCGACAAGUUCAAGGAGCUGCAGCUGGAGCCGCGUCUCUCCAAGAUAGUUCCCAUCGAGGGCGAUGUGGGUCUGGAGAAUCUGGGCAUCUCGCCCGAGGACCGUCAGGUCCUCAUUGACAAUGUGAAUGUGGUCUUCCACUCGGCGGCCACCUUGGACUUCUUCCAGUCGCUGAAGGAGACCACCAACAUCAAUCUGCGGGGCACACGGCGCGUUGUGGAGCUGUGUCAGCAGUUGAAGAAACUGGAUGCUCUGGUUCAUGUGUCCAGCGCCUACGUAAAUGCCUAUCUCACCAAGGUCGAGGAGAAGCUGUAUCCCUCGCCCGAAGACCCCGAGAAGAUCAUCCAGCUGUCGGAGACGCUCAACGAUGAGGCCCUCAAGGAACUGGAACCAAAACUCCUCAAGGAUCACCCCAAUACCUACACCUUCACCAAGCACCUGGCGGAGCACGAGGUGGCCAAUGUGGCCAGCAAGUUCCCCUGCGGCAUCGUGCGUCCCAGCAUGAUCACUGCUGCCUGGAAGGAACCUAUUCCUGGAUGGACCGUUUCGAAGAACGGACCCCAGGGCUUCUUCAUGGGCGCCUCCAAGGGCGUUCUGCGUCGUCUUCCCUUGGACCCCACCAUUAUCAUGGACUACAUCCCCAUCGAUGUGGUGGUCAAUGGAAUCAUAACCACCGGCUACUACGUGAACUCGCUGCAGACGAAGAACGCAGGUCGUCCAGCCGAGCUGCAAAUCUUCCACUUGACUUCCAGCACAUACAAGCCCUUCCGGUUCGAGCUGAUGACGGACAAGAUCAACGGCUACCUGCACGACUACCCCUUGAACAGUGCCGUCUGGUACCCCAACCUGCGUCUGGUCAAGAGCCUCUGGGUCUUCCGGCUGGGCGCCAUUCUCUUCCACUUCAUCCCCGCUAUCAUUCUUGAUUUGGUCACUAAGAUUGGAGGCGGUAGACCAAUAUUGGUUCGCCUGCACAAGAACGUUUGGAACUCGCUGAAAACCCUGGAAAAGUUCAUCUUCACGGAGUGGCACUUCGACAGCAAGCGUCUAUUGGCCCUUUCCAAGACCUUGAAUCUAGUGGACAAGAAGAAGUUCUUCAUUGACAUCGGCGAGCUGGCGUGGGAUGAGUACUUCUCCAACACGAUACUUGGGGUGCGCCAGUAUCUCAGCAAGGAGCCGCCCAAGAACCUGGAAAAGGCGCGUCGCAAGGACAAAAUUCUCCUGGGUCUCCACGUUGCCCUGCAGCUCUCGUUCUGGUAUGGAGUCUUCAAGCUGAUUGUCUGCAUCACCGGAAUUUCGACAGCUAAGGCGGCUCUCGUCCUACCUGUUCUCUAUUACCUGUUCGGUCUGAUUUAAGACGCCUGGAAAUAUUCGCCCAGUAGUUCGACAUUUUCUUAAUGUUAUUUAUGCUAAAUGCAAAUUGUAUGAGGUUUGGUUUUACAAUAUAAAUACAUAAAAACAAACUGUUGUAGCGGGUUAAGGAGAAGAGUGCAUCGAAAUAUAUUCUAGUUAUCUUCUAGAAACUGUUCUGUUAA